AUGGCUUCCUUUGACUACUUUAACUUUAACAAAAAGACCAAUAUUGAAAAAAUUCGAAAUCAAUGCAGAAUCAAAAAAAGGUCAACUUCAAUUGCAUCAUCAAAAGCAGAUGAACUUUUAUUCCAGAAACACCUCUAUUCAUCCUUAUCAUCUACCAAGAAAAUUUCACCCGAAUUAAACUAUAUCAAUUUUCCCACCUCAAAUCCAUCUAAACGUCAUGAUUGUAUCAGUGCUGAAAAAGCGCAAUUUCCUGUAACUGAGCAAACGAUGUCGCCAAUUUCUCUAGAUGACAUUAUAUAUUCGAUUAUAAUGCGAGGCCUCACUUGGUGUCUUCUAUUCGCAAUUCAGUUAGAAUCAAUAAUUUUAUUCCACUGGCGGCAACCUUGUAUUUCAUUAUUGAUAUGGGCAAUUUCCUGCGCUCUCGUCUAUUGGUUUAAUAAUUACGAUAGGCUACAGAGAAAAAUUGGUGCUCAAAUGCUUCGAGAAGCUUGA